AUGUACCUUAUAUGGGCUGCUGAAAAUUUGGUUAGAACUUUUAAGAAUUUUUUAAAGAAGAGUGGUAUGAAGUCAGACUUAGACACAGAAAUUGCCAGAUUUAUGUUAUCUUAUAAUAGUACCAAGCAUUGUGCUACAGGUGUAACACCAGCUGAGUUACAUAUUGGUAGGAAGUUAUUUACAUCUUUUGACAGAUUGGUGCCGAGAGCUAAAUAUAGAUAUAACAAUAGUAUGUUGGCAGCUAAGAGAGUUUAUAAAGGGGGUAGAGUUAAAAUGUUUGAAAUGGGGGAUGAUGUGAUGUGCCGGAAUUAUGCUAGUGGGGCUAAGUCAUAG